GAUCUCUGAGUUUGGUUAAUACCCCAGGGGUUAGAUGCUGGUUUUGCCCCCCUGAUCUCUGAAUUUGGUUAAUACCCCAGGGGUUAGAUGCUGGUUUUGCCCCCUGAUCUCUGAGUUUGGUUAAUACCCCAGGGGUUAGAUGCUGGUUUUGCCCCCUGAUCUCUGAGUUUGGUUAGUAGCCCUUUUGAGGUAGCACCCGGGCACUUUCUGCCUCUGUGUUUGGCUAGUUGCCCCAGACCAUGCAUUUCUCCAUUCCUGAGACAGAGUCGUGCAGCGCGGAGAACGGAGCCCCCUAUGUGGCCUACAACAUCCACGUGAACGGCGUCCUGCACUGCCGCGUGCGCUACAGCCAGCUGCUGGGACUCCACGAACAGCUUCGCAAAGAGUAUGGGAGCAGCGUGGUCCCAGCCUUCCCUCCCAAGAAACUCUUCACCCUCACCCCAGCAGAGGUGGAGCUGAGGAGAGAGCAGCUGGAGAAAUACAUGCAAGCAGUGCGUCAGGACCCGGCCCUGGGAUCCAGCGAAACGUUCAACAGCUUCCUGCGUCACGCGCAGCAGGAGACCCAGCAGAUCCCUACCGAGGAGGUCCAGCUGGAGGUCUUCCUUUCCAACGGGCAGAAGGUUAAAGUGAAUAUCCUGACCUCCGAUCAGACAGAGGAUGUGCUGGAGGCCGUCGCGAGCAAGCUGGACCUUCCGGAGGAUCUGGUGGGAUAUUUCAGCCUCUAUCUCGUGAAGGACAGAAGUGACGGCUCCUUUUCCUUUGUGAGAAAGCUGCAGGAGUUUGAGUUGCCCUACGUGUCGGUUACCAGCCUGCGGAAUCGCGAUUACAAGAUCAUCCUUCGCAAGAGUUACUGGGACUCUUCGUAUGAUGACGAUGUGAUGGAGAGUAGAGUCGGCCUGAACCUGUUGUACGCGCAGACCGUCUGUGACAUAGAUCGUGGGUGGGUGCAGGUCACCAAGGACCAGCUCCGGCAGCUGAAGUCCCUGCAGGAGAAGGUGUCCAAGAAGGAGUUCAUUCAGCUGGCGCAGACCCUGAAGUAUUACGGUUACCUGAAGUUUGAGGCGUGCGUCACAGACUUCCCCGAGAAAGGCUGCCACGUGAUCGUCAGCGCCGGAAACAACGAGCUCAACUUCCAGGUCAAGCUGCCCAACGAUCAAAUGAAAGAGGGCAGCUUUAAGGUGACGCGCAUGAGAUGCUGGCGCGUUACCUCAUCGGUCCCGUUCGCUAACGGCACGGGGAGCCCCAACAAGAACGAAGCGAGGCUGGAACUGGCCUUCGAGUAUUUGAUGAGUAAGGACCGUCUGCAGUGGAUAACCAUCUCCAGCCCGCAGGCCAUAAUGAUGAGUAUCUGUCUGCAGUCCAUGGUGGACGAGCUGAUGGUCAAGAAAUCCGGAGGAAGCAUCAAAAAGAUGCUGCGGAAGAAGCAGAGCUGUCUAGUGCGGCGUUCAGACAGUCAGCAGGCAGUGAAGUCUCCACCUUUACUGGAUUCCCCUGAUUCCACCAGGGAGCCCAUUGUCAAGCUGUCGAGUAAGCUCAGCUCCGUCAGCCUCCGGGGGAUCAGCAACUCCAGCUCCGCCAACGACAUGAGUGCCGAAGACUUCCACGGCAACUACGCUUUUGAGGGGAUCGGCGACGACGACUUGUGAAGAGCCGUGCGGCGGACGGACCGGUGGUCUCUACCUCCGGCGGCUGCCGAGGGGAUCCGCGUUACACACCAGCAUCGAGGGAACGCGAGGCGCUCGCUCGUUUCUAUGCUUAAUCUAGCGCUCAGUGAUUGAAAUGCUUCAGCUAGCGAUCGGCUUGCACCAUGAUCCCGGAGAUUUGCACGGCACCGGCAGCGGCUCAUCGGAAGCCCUCUGUGCCAAUUUAACCCGUUAGAAACCAAUGAAGUAUUUACAGAUCUUCAAUCGGCGCCUUUCACUUUUCUUCCAAAACGUCAGGGCGUCCAUGAACUUAAAGCCUCUCGCGUCUCCGGCGGGCAGGGCUCUCUGCACCUUCGCCGCCCUGAUGUCUUCUGACCAAAUCCUGACCGAUGGGUGACCACGACACGCCGUACGCGGCCUGAAAUUACCGUUAAGGGCCAAACGAUGAAACCCGAAGCCAAGCAGCAUUUCCCCGGAACGCGCUGCUUGCACCGUGGGAUUUGCCUGUACAUAGUAUACAUACGUAUAUAUAUAGUGUAUACAUAUAUAUUAUAUACAGUUAUUCUUUGCACACCAAUCAAUGUAAGUGAAACACUUUUCUAUGGAGGCGCAUAUUGAUCCACGUGCUUCUUACACAGAAUGUAGAUUGGCCGUUGCUAUGUUUACAGAUUGAUAUCUUCCAAUAAUCCAGCUGUUUACCAUUAAAGAGGAUUGUACCCGA